UAGCUGCCGCCGGGCCGUGGUGCGUGCGUGCGCGGGGCCGGGAAGAGGCCGACAGGACAGCAGUGGCGGGGGGUGAAUCAUGACUUCAAGUUCUGGGUAUUUGGAUUCUAAGGCUGAACUUACUGCAUUGCUGGAACAGUGGGAGAAAGAACAUGGCAGCGGACAGGACAUGGUCCCCAUCCUUACUCGAAUGUCGGAAUUGAUUGAGAAAGAAACUGAAGAGUACCGUAAGGGAGAUCCAGAUCCAUUUGAUGACAGACAUCCAGGUCGAGCAGAUCCGGAUUGUAUGCUUGGCCACUUGCUGAGAAUACUGUUCAAGAAUGAUGAUUUCAUGAAUGCGCUGGUGAAUGCUUAUGUUAUGACAAGCAGAGAGCCACCCUUGAAUACCACGGCCUGCCGACUCCUUCUAGACAUCAUGCCUGGGCUGGAGACUGCUGUUGUGUUUCAGGAAAAGGAGGGUAUAGUUGAGAAUCUUUUCAAGUGGGCAAGAGAGGCAGAUCAGCCUUUGCGAACAUAUGCAACUGGAUUGCUAGGAGGUGCCAUGGAGAACCAAGAUAUUGCGGCCAAUUACAGAGAUGAGAAUUCUCAGCUGGUGGCAUUUGUGCUUCGCCGUUUACGAGAGCUGCAAGUCAAUGAAAUGAAUGCAAAACAGGAAAAUAAGCUGCUUAGUCCCCGAAAGGUGCCAUCAUCAGACCCUCUAUUGCCUCUUGAUGAAGAAGCUGUGGACAUGGACUAUGGAGAUAUGGCUGUGGAUGGUGAGCAGGAGGAAGUUACAGGGGACAUGGAAAUCUCGUUUAAUCUUGAUUCAAGUCACAAGACAAGUAGUCGGGUGAACUCUGCCUCAAAAAAGUCAGGGAAACAACAUGAAAGAGAGAAUUUCCGGAAAGCAAAACAAAAACUGGGCUUCCCUUCAGAGCCAGAAAAAAUGUUUGUUGAACUGUCUAAUAGCAGCUGGUCAGAGAUGUCUCCAUGGGUGAUUGGCACAAACUAUAACUUGUACCCUUUGACCCCUGCUAUAGAGCAAAGAUUAAUUCUGCAGUACCUGACUCCUCUAGGGGAAUACCAAGAGCUACUGCCCAUCUUCAUGCAGCUUGGAUCAAGAGAACUGAUGAUGUUCUAUAUUGAUUUGAAACGGACCAACGAUGUAUUACUCACAUUUGAAGCCCUAAAGCACUUGGCAUCCCUGCUGCUCCACAACAAGUUUGCCACAGAGUUUGUUGCUCAUGGAGGAGUACAGAAGUUACUGGAAAUUCCUCGUCCUUCUAUGGCAGCUACUGGUGUCUCCAUGUGCUUAUAUUACUUGUCUUACAAUCAGGAUGCCAUGGAGAGGGUGUGUAUGCACCCCCACAACGUAUUAUCAGAUGUUGUGAACUACACCCUGUGGUUGAUGGAGUGCUCUCAUGCCUCAGGCUGCUGCCAUGCUACCAUGUUCUUCUCUAUUUGUUUCUCAUUUCGUGCGGUCUUGGAGCUCUUUGAUAGGCAUGAUGGCUUACGACGCCUAGUUAACUUGAUCAGUACUCUUGAGAUCUUAAACCUAGAAGACCAGGGUGCACUGUUAAGUGAUGAUGAGAUCUUUGCCAGCCGCCAGACUGGGAAACACACCUGCAUGGCCAUGCGCAGGUAUUUCGAGGCACACCUUGCUAUCAAAGUAGAGCAGGUCAAACAAUCACUUCAGCGCACAGAGGGCGGCAUUCUGGUCCAUCCACAGCCUCCAUACAAGGCUUGUUCUUACACUCAUGAACAGAUUGUAGAAAUGAUGGAAUUUCUAAUAGAAUAUGGGCCUGCCCAGCUGUAUUGGGAGCCAGCAGAGGUCUUUCUCAAGCUGUCUUGUGUGCAACUUAUGCUCCAACUUAUUUCAAUAGCCUGUGACUGGAAGACCUACUAUGCCAGGAAUGAUACAGUACGUUAUGCUUUGGAUGUCCUGGCCAUUCUUACAGUAGUUCCAAAGAUCCAGUUACAGUUAGCGGAGUCUGUGGAUGUACUGGAUGAGGCAGGAUCUACUGUUUCCACUGUGGGUAUUAGCAUCAUCUUGGGAGUUGCUGAAGGUGAAUUCUUCAUCCAUGAUGCAGAAAUACAGAAGUCGGCCCUUCAGAUCAUCAUUAACUGUGUGUGUGGUCCAGAUAAUCGCAUCUCCAGCAUUGGCAAAUUCAUUUCUGGCACUCCUCGACGUAAGCUUUCCCAAGCACCCAGGAGUAGCGAGCACACAUUGGCCAAGAUGUGGAAUGUGGUGCAAUCCAACAAUGGCAUCAAAGUGCUGCUGUCGUUGCUUUCUGUAAAAAUGCCCAUUACAGAUGCGGACCAGAUACGAGCUCUGGCUUGCAAAGCCUUGGUGGGGCUGUCCCGGAGCAGCACAGUGCGGCAGAUAAUCAGCAAGCUGCCCCUCUUCAGCAGCUGCCAGAUCCAGCAGCUGAUGAAGGAGCCCGUUCUUCAGGACAAGCGCAGUGAGCACGUGAAGUUCUGCAAGUAUGCAGCUGAGCUGAUAGAGCGCGUCUCAGGAAAACCCCUGCUGAUCGGAACGGACGUCUCAUUGGCUCGACUGCAGAAAGCAGAUGUGGUGGCUCAGUCAAGGAUUUCCUUUCCUGAGAAGGAGCUACUCCUUUUGAUCAGGAACCAUCUCAUUUCUAAAGGGCUGGGAGAAACUGCCACUGUUCUUACAAAGGAGGCAGACCUACCCAUGACAGCAGCUUCCCAUUCCUCUGCCUUCACCCCUGUUGCUGCCACUGCUUCUCCAGUGUCUCUGCCUCGUACCCCUCGUCUAGCAAAUGGUAUUUCAGCCCGGUUGACCAGCCAUACUGCUGUGGUUUCCAGUGCUGCCUCUGUUCAUGCCCAGCCGAAACAGGCUGCCCCCCAGAGCUCACUUCCACUCCCAGGUCCAUCUCAUGCCAACAACUCCCCUGUGAUUGGCAGGAUUAGCUUCAUCCGAGAGAGGCCAUCUCCCUGCAAUGGCAGGAAAAUCAGAGUGCUGCGGCAAAAGUCAGACCAUGGCGCCUACAGCCAGAGUCCAGCUAUCAAAAAACAGCUGGACAGGCAUCUCCCUUCCCCUCCCACACUGGACAGCAUAAUCACAGAGUACCUUAGGGAGCAGCAUGCACGCUGCAAGAACCCUGUGGCUACUUGCCCCCCCUUUUCACUCUUUACACCCCACCAGUGUCCAGAGCCAAAACAGAGGCGCCAAGCGCCAACUAACUUUACCUCGCGUCUGACCCGCAGGGCAGCCUUUCCAAAGUAUGGAGGGGUGGAUGGUGGAUGCUUUGAUAGACACCUUAUAUUCAGCAGGUUCCGUCCAAUUUCUGUGUUCCGAGAAGCCAAUGAAGAUGAAAGUGGCUUUACUUGUUGUGCGUUCUCUGCCCGGGAGCGGUUCCUAAUGCUGGGUACCUGCACAGGGCAUCUGAAGUUGUACAAUGUCUUCAGUGGGCAGGAAGAGGCCAGUUAUAGUUGCCACAACUCUGCCAUAACACAUCUUGAGCCAUCCAGGGAUGGCUCUUUAUUGCUGACAUCUGCAACAUGGAGCCAGCCUCUGUCUGCAUUGUGGGGGAUGAAAUCUGUCUUUGAUAUCAAACACUCAUUCACAGAUGACCAUUAUGUGGAGUUCAGCAAGCAUUCUCAGGACAGAGUCAUUGGCACCAAGGGGGACAUUGCCCAUAUCUAUGAUAUUCAGACUGGCAACAAGCUAUUGACUCUGUUUAACCCAGAUCUUGCCAACAACUACAAGAAGAAUUGUGCCACCUUUAACCCUACAGAUGACCUUGUCUUAAAUGAUGGUGUCCUCUGGGAUGUCCGCUCUGCACAAGCUAUACACAAAUUUGACAAAUUCAAUAUGACCAUCAGUGGUGUAUUUCAUCCUAAUGGACUGGAAGUUAUAGUCAACACAGAGAUUUGGGACCUGCGGACUUUCCACUUGCUACACACAGUGCCAGCUUUGGAUCAGUGUCGUGUAGUCUUCAACCACACAGGAACGGUUAUGUACGGAGCAAUGUUACAGGCCGAUGAUGAAGAUGACUUGCUGGAAGAGAGGAUGCGGAGCCCUUUUGGAUCUUCUUUUAGAACAUUCAAUGCGACGGAUUACAAACCAAUUGCCACCAUUGAUGUAAAAAGGAACAUCUUUGACCUGUGUACUGAUUCAAAGGACUGUUAUUUGGCAGUUAUUGAGAACCAAGGGAGUAUGGAUGCCAUGAACAUGGAUACAGUAUGCAGGCUGUACGAGGUGGGAAGGCAGCGCUUGGCAGAAGAUGAAGAGGAUGAAGAGGAAGACCAGGAGGAGGAAGAACAGGAAGAAGAUGAUGAUGAGGAUGAUGAUGACACAGAUGACCUUGAUGAACUGGACACUGACCAGCUGCUGGAGGCCGAUUUGGAGGAAGAGGAAACCAAUGAGAAUGCGGGUGAGGAUGGAGAAAAUGACUUCUCUCCUUCUGAUGAUGAGGAAUUGGCCAACCUGCUGGAAGAGGGGGAUGAAGGAGAGGAUGAAGAUUCUGAUGCAGAUGAGGAAGUUGAGCUCAUCCUUGGUGAUACUGACAGCUCAGAUAAUUCAGAUUUGGAAGAUGACAUAAUCUUGUCUUUGAAUGAGUGAGGAGUAGCCACCCACACAGGAUGUUGGCAGCAGGAAAUCUCCCUUCUCAGAAGCAAGGAGACCAAACCAGGAGGUGACACUGAGCAGCACCCUCUCAGAUCCUAAUUCUUGGGAGAACUUUCAAGGAACUCCAACCCUUCAGUUCUUGCGUUGGACAGAAACAGACUCUGGGUACAUCCAGAGUCUCUGACAAAGAGACUGGCUGCCUGGGCUUUAUUUUCUCUGCCUUCUUCUUUUUGGUUUUUAGGCCGAGAUAUAACUCCCUUAUCUGUGGAGAUCUCUGAAGAUAUUUCACAAUAUAUUUUCUUUGUAUAAAGUUCUUUCCUAAAGAACAGAAAUAGUUUUAUAUUGAAACAAAAGAUUGAAAAAAAAAGCAGGCAGGUGUUAUAAAGAAGGUAUGAACUUGUAUCUUUCUAAUACCUAGUCACCAUGGUGAAUUUUUGGGAGGAGAAAGAAAGUUUAAAAGGGGCAUUUUUACUGAAAAGGGUGGGGAGGGGAGUAAAUGAAUCAUGGUUUGUAAAACUGUGGAUGAGUGAUAUUUUUAUUUUAAAUAUAAUUUUGUAAUGGAGGUGUUGCCACCUGCUGUGAGAUGUUAAAUUUUUUUUGUCAAAUGCCUGUUGUCUUUUCAAAAGCCCGAGGAGAGUUCCUGCUGUAUUAGCCACAGUGAACAACUGGAGAUCUGGUUGCAGGAGAUGAAGGACUCUCGUCUGUAAGCUCCUCCUUACCCCACAUGACCCUUUUUUGUGAUUUGAAAUUUUAAAUCUUUUUUUCCUUCCUUUCUGUCCUUUUGUGUGGAAACUAUGAAUUGAAGGCCUUUUUCUUUAAUGUAAAUUGUAUUUAUUAAAAAAUAAAUAAAAUCCAA